ACACUUUAUCACAUCUCCCCGCACAAAGAAUAGAUCUGAGGCCGUUAGUAAGCAAAGAGGAAUUAAGUAAAAUCAGUAUAAAUCGCAGUACUACACACAUCAGAUGUUUCACUUACCGUCUUCGCGUUGUGCUAAGCUUUGAGUCGGCGUUUACAUUCAGACCAGUGAGUGUAUGGCCUCCAGUUCCAAAGAACGGAUUCGGCAUGUUAGUUUGAGAUUGACUUAAUUAAGACCUAGUUUAAAUACUUGUUCAAUUAAAAUUAUUGAAUCAGUAAAUUUUAGUGUUCCAAAAAUGAGCAGCGAACCAAAAAUGAACGCUCGAUCAGUAUUAUGGUACUUAGUGUUUGUAGGAUUCGCGGUAAAUUACAUGAUCCGGAUUAAUAUGAACAUCACGAUCGUCACCAUGGUCAAGCCUCCAGGAGUUAAAAAAUCUCUUACAAAAUCAAGCAUGAACGCAAAUCGAGACAAUCACAACAUCUCGGUAAUACAAUCAGGACACCAUCAAACAAGAAUGUAUGCAUGCUACGUUGAAAGAAACACUUCAAAUCUCGCUGAUGUGCAAAGCUCUGUAAGAGGAAGGCUUCAGUACGAGCCGAAAGUUAAAUCACCAGAGAUACUAUUGCUUCACGCUCUCCAGUAUGCACCCGAGAACGAUGGCUUUGAAUGGAACGAGUACGAACAAGGCUUAGUGCUGGGAGCAUUUUUUUGGCUGCACUGGAUAACACAGGUUCCGGGAGGAAUACUCGCUCGUAAAUAUGGUACGAAAUUGGUUUUUGGGUUGUCCAAUGCCAUCGGAUGCUGGUUAUGCUUCCUUAUGCCACUUGCAUCAUAUUUAGAUUUACGAAUAAUAAUAUUUCUUCGUGUAAUUCAAGGACUGAUUGUUGGCGUCGCCUGGCCAGCAAUGCAUCACAUGGCGGGUCAGUGGAUUCCUCCAAAUGAGCGAAGCAAGUUCGUUACUGCAUAUCUAGGCAGUUCGGUUGGCAUUGCACUCAACUUUCCACUAUUUGGUUACAUCAUUUCAUGGACCUCGUGGGAAUACGUUUUUCAUUUUUGUGGGAUUUUUGGAACAGUUUGGUAUAUUGCCUGGAAAUACCUAGUAUAUGACUCUCCGGCAGAUCAUCCUUGGAUACAUCCGAAAGAACGAGAGUAUAUCGAGAGCUCACUAGGAAUACCAGAAAAAUCCAGAAGUGAAGAACACCAACGACCUACUCCAUGGCGGAAAAUGGUUUUUUCUAGACCGAUGUGGAUAAAUAUAAUUGCCCAGUGGGCUGGUAUUUGGGGUUUGUUUACACUGAUGACGCAGGCUCCAAGUUAUUUCAACUACAUUCAUGGAUGGGGAAUAAAAAUGACAGGAAUCCUGUCGGGUAUUCCGCAUCUUUGCCGCAUGGUUUUUGCCUAUUUUUUCUCCUGGAUCGGAGAUUACCUGCUCCAACACAAUUUGAUGUCAAGAACAAAUGUUCGUAAAAUGGGUGGAGCAUUGUGCUGUUCAGUAAAAGGCAUCUUUGUUCUGGCCCUUGCUUAUAGUGGAUGCAACGCUACAGCAGCCAUAUUGUUUUUGACAUUAGCUACGAUGGUACACGGAGCAGUUUCCACUGGACCUCUGGCCAACAUGAUUGACAUGAGUCCGAAGUAUGCUGGCAUACUGCUCGGAAUUAGUGGGAUGAUUACGGUUAUCCCAGGAUUCGUGUCUCCGAUUAUCGUUGGAAUCUUAACACUAGGAAAUCAAACCGUUCAACAGUGGCAGUAUGUGUUCCUGAUCAGUGCUAGUAUGCUGAUAGCCGGAGGCAUUAUGUAUAUUCUGUUUGCUGAUUCGACACUACAAUCGUGGAAUUCUUCUGACCAUUUAGACGUUAUGAACGGUCGAGAAUUGGAAACGUUAAAAGCAAAUUUCGAUGAUGCAGUACCUAAGGACAUGGAAGCUGCAGCGGAAACACAGAAAUCUACUACGGCGGAAGUUACUGAAAAUGAAACUGAAUCAGCUCAGACAGUAUUAGUUCGUUGAGGUUGUGGAAUGAAGAAGAUACAAGCACAAUCGGAAAAAUUUAUACUGAUUUUAUUAUUUUUAUUACAAGAAAAUCGUAAUCUUACUACUUUAAACAUAUCUUUUGUACUCCUAAAGCAACUUGUCAGAAUAUGCACCUUAUAUUUAUUCAGAAA